AAGAAGGUGUCGUUUAUGCUUGGACCAGCUUAUAAAUAACUCCCAGUGCCACUGAAAUUCACGCUCCUUGUACAAUCCGCCAUCUAGUUCAGACUUCAGAUCAGGCGUGAAGAUCGAUAAUAAUGGCGUCAAGUUUCACCUCUUCGAUCUCCAUGCAUGCUCGUGUCUCGGCUACAACAACAAGAUUCAGUCUCCAGAUACCGGCUUUGAUUUUCAACAAUGGAAAGACUAAUCUUUCCUUCAGCCUACAACGUUCAAUGCCUGCUCGCCUCGUAGUAUCUUGUGCAGCCAAGCAAGAGACAGUGGAGAAAGUGUCUGAGAUUGUUAGGAAGCAAUUGUCGCUCUCCGAGGAUCAAAAAGUCACAGCCGCAACUAAAUUUACCGAACUUGGAGCUGAUUCUCUCGACACGGUUGAGAUAGUGAUGGGUUUGGAGGAAGAGUUCGAGAUAACAAUGGCGGAAGAGAGAGCAAAGGAGAUUACAACAGUCCAACAGGCUGCUGAACUCAUUGAAGAACUCGUCCAAGAGAAAACUGCUUAAUUAAAGAAGAUGGAGAGAAAAAAAAAACAGAGGCUUUUGCCUUUGUUCUUGUCUUUUCUCAAAU